CUGGACGCGACCCGCCUUCUCCGCAUCGCGUGAUAAAGCGCAGGCGCAAACGCCGCGCGGCUCCAUCGAUCGGCUCCUCUCCGCCGCGCGGCCCAUUCCCCUCCUCGGGUAAUUCCUCCGCCGCGGCGCGUGUGCAACGUAAGAACCGGCCGCCGAUUCCAAACAUGGGCACCGGAGAGGAGGAAGAAACGCAGAAAUCCGGGGACGCGACGACGGCGGACGAAGGCGGACAGGAUCAGGAGGCGCGGGAGGAAGAAGAAGGAGGGUUGAUGGCGGGCCUGGUGGGCAAGGCCAGGGAGUUCGUGUCGGAGAAGAUCGCGCAGAUCCCCAAGCCGGAGGCGGCGCUGGAGCGCGUCUCCUUCAAGAGCAUCAGCAGCGAGGGCGUCACCCUCCACAGCCACGUCGACGUCAGCAACCCCUACUCCUACCGCAUCCCCAUCUGCGAGCUCACCUACACCUUCAAGAGCGACGGCAAGGUGAUAGCAUCAGGCACGAUGCCUGACCCCGGCUGGAUCGGCGCCAGCGGCCUGACCAAGCUGGAGCUGCCGGUGAACGUGCCGUACGACUUCGUCAUGUCGCUGAUGAAGGAUCUGAGCGGGGACUGGGACAUCGACUACGUCCUGGACGUCGGGAUCACCAUCGACCUCCCCGUCAUCGGCACUUUCACCAUCCCGCUCACCACCCAGGGCGAGAUGAAGCUCCCCACAUUCCGGGACUUGUUCUGAAUAUUUUGGUUGGUUGCCCUAGUUAUUUGCCCAUUCUUUGGCUUCAGCUGGGUGCUGCUGCUGCGUGAGGGUCUUAUGGGUUUGUUGCUUGAUGCGCGGAUGAAUGUUGAAAUUAGAUUUGUGUUGCAA